GACGCUAUGGGCCGCUAUCGUGUCGGUGUGGAAACUGGAAGCUCCGUCUUCGCGGGGUCCAACAACCAGGUUCAACUGUGGCUAGUCGGAGAGCACGCAGAAGAGGAGCUGAAGCUGCGGCUGCGACCCUCCCGGGGAAAGGUUGAGGAAUUCAGUGUAGAAGUCUCGAAGAUCCUGGGUCCCCUCCUGUUCGUGAAGGUGUGCAAAGGUCGCCUCCUCACUGAAGACAGCUGGUUUUGCAACCGAAUCACUGUGCAAGGUCCGGGGCACAACGGAGUGGAGGCCACGUUCCCGUGCUACCGCUGGGUGCUGAGUGAAGGCAUCGUCUGUCUCCCCGAAGGCACUGCCCGGACAGUCAGAGAUGACCCCCAGGGAUUCUUCAAGACCUACAGAGAGGAAGAGCUAAAGAAGAGAAGGAAACAGUACAGCUGGCACUCCUGGAAGGACAGUGUAAUCCGGACAGUCUCCGGGGCUACUCUGUCUGAUCUUCCCUUGGAUGAGAGAUUUCAUGAGGACAAGAGAAUCGACUUUGAGUACUCCCUGGCCAAGGGGCUUAAAGACCUUGCCAUCAAGGAUACUUUAAACAUCCUGAGUUCCUGGAAGAGCCUGGAAGAUUUCAACCGAAUCUUCUGGGCUGGUCAGAGUAGGCUUGCAGAGAAGGUUCGGGAUUCCUGGAAGGACGAUGCAUUCUUUGGGUACCAGUUCCUGAAUGGUGCUAACCCCAUGAUCCUGAGACGAUCUACCAGACUCCCAUCUCGACUAAAGUUGCCUCUUGGCUCAGAAGAGCUUCAAGCAGAGCUGGAAAGACAUCUCCAAGCAGGCUCACUGUUUGAAGCAGAUUUCUCUCUCCUGGACGGGGUUCAGGGCAAUGUCAUCCUCUGCUGCCAGCAGUACUUGGCAGCCCCCCUGGUCAUGCUGAAGCUGGAGCCAGACGGGAACCUGCUGCCCAUGGCCAUCCAGAUCCAGCCACCCUCCUUGAGCUCACCAACACCUCCGGUGUUCCUGCCCUCUGAUCCGCCCAUGGCAUGGCUCCUUGCCAAAGCCUGGGUCAGGAGCGCAGACUUCCAGCUUCACCAACUACAGUACCAUCUGCUGAGAGGACAUCUGAUGGCUGAGGUGAUUUCUGUGGCCACUAUGAGAUGCCUCCCGUCACUGCAUCCCAUCUUCAAGAUUCUGAUCCCUCAUCUUCGUUACACCAUGGAGAUCAACAUCAGAGCCCGGACAGGGCUUGUCUCUAAUGGGGGAGUGUUUGACCAGGUAGUGAGCACUGGUGGUGGAGGACAUGUCACAGUACUCCAGCAAGCAGGGAACUGUCUGACCUAUAGAUCGCUCUGUCCACCCAAUGACCUGGCUGAUCGAAGGCUGCUUGGGGUACCAUCUUCCUACUACGCUCAUGAUGCCCUCCGGCUCUGGGACAUCAUCAAAAGGUAUGUGGAGGGGAUAGUCCAUCUCUACUAUGCAGGAGAUGAGGCUGUGGAAAAUGAUCCUGAGAUACAGGCUUGGUGCAAAGAGAUCACUGAGGUUGGACUACAUGGAGCCCAGGACCGGGGUUUCCCCACCUCCUUCCGUUUCAGGGAGGAUCUCUGCUUCUUUGUGGCCAUGUGUAUCUUCACUUGUACCGGCCAGCACUCGUCUGUCCACCAGGGACAGCUGGAUUGGUAUGCCUGGGUUCCUAAUGCCCCAUGCACUAUGCGUAUGCCCCCGCCCAGUGGAAAGGAUGUGACGCUGGAAAUGGUGAUGGCCACUCUGCCCAAUGUCCACCAGGCAUCCCUCCAGAUGUCUUUAACAUGGCAACUCGGUCGAACUCAACCACACAUGGUUCCCCUGGGACAGCACAAAGAAGAGUACUUCUCCGGAUCUGAGCCCCGGGCUGUGCUGAAGCGUUUUAGGGAAGAUUUGGCCAUCCUAGACAAGGAGAUCACAGAGAGGAAUGCUAAGCUGGAACUGCCUUAUGAAUACCUGCAGCCAAGCCGAGUGGAGAACAGCGUCACCAUCUGAGCCCUGCUGCCCCCUCCCGCUCACCAGCAUUCCUUCAGCACCUUCACUUAGGUCCUAGCCCUCUCUGAGCUUCCCUGUCGCAUUUCAGAGCCCUGUUCUCAAAGCCUUCAGGCUGGAGGAGAGGGAAAGAUGAA